AAUCAACCCCGUGUAAAUGACGGGUUGAAUACCACUGGCCAGCUUCGGGUACUUAAGCAGUUUUCUCCGAGCUCAUAAUCAGUUCUGAGCACGCGACCCUUGGCGUAUAACAGGCAAGAGCAAUUUGAUACCCGGAGUAACAGCUCAGCAAAUCUUUGGUGUGCGUAAUAGACGUAUCGUUUUUCAUGCCCGCAUUAAGUUUGACAGAAUCAUCGACGCGGUUUUAUACGUUUUUCUUUUUUUUCGUUCAAGAAAUCCAUGAAAGAAACAAAUCAGUCAAGUGAGCAAAUGAUUAAUCGACAGCCAAGAAACGAGAAAUAACUUCAUUGUCAAAUUUUUACUGAUAAUAGACAGCGAAUGGAUGGCGAGGCGCGGCGGUAAUGUGGAAAACAUCGAAUGGAGCUGCAGGACAGGAUUACCUCAAAAUGCCGCAUGGAAAUCUGCAAAGCCGUCACUCGUUCAAAUCGAGUCUUUCGGUGGAGAUUUUUUUUUCGGAAGAGACGAUUCAACAAAAGCUGACGCUAUAGCCAUCGAUGUAAUGCCACAGAAUAAGUGGAGAGAAGACCAAAACCGAUUCCAUCUUGCGAUUGGGCCCAUUCUCUUGAUGGCCCAAUGUUUCGCCGUCUUACCUGUCUCUGGCGUUCGGUCUCCAGACUCUUCUGAUUUAAAAUUCACCUGGAAAAGUCCUAAGAUCUUAUAUUUCAUCAUUUCGUUCACGGGUGCGAUUAUACUCACAGUCUGCAGUAUCGUUCGAGUGUCGCAUUCCGGGAUAACAGCAACGAAGACAACCAAUAUUGUCUUCUUUGGGGCUGCCUGCAUUACAAUGGCGUUAUUUCUGAGACUCGCCACGCGGUGGCCAUGUCUUAUACGCUUCUGGGAAAAGGUGGAAAACGAAAUGAUCAUUUAUCCAACGCCAUCGACGAGAAUGCAACUGAAGACCAGACUUGCUCUCAUGGCUGGUGUCACCAUAACCAUAGCCUUAGUCGAGCAUGUGCUGUCGAUUAUUGCCGGUUAUGCGAGUGCCUUAGAGUGCGCUGCUCUCCGAAAGGAUACAGACAUUGUUGCGACAUAUUUUCAGUCGCAAUUUCCUCAGGUCUUCGAUUUGACGCCUUACAAUUGGUGGAAGGGUGUUCUGGUCCAAUGCUUAAACAUUAUCAGCACCUUUUCCUGGAAUUUUAUGGACCUUUUCCUGAUGUUGGUAAGCUUCGCUUUGGCUUCUCGAUUUCGCCAGAUGAACCAUCACCUUUAUGCCACCAGAGGAAAGGCAAUGCCUGACUGGUGGUGGGCCGAGGCCAGAGAAAACUACAAUCGUCUAGCCAAUCUCACGCGGCGAGUCGACUCCAACAUUUCCGACAUCGUUCUGCUGUCAUUUGCCACCAAUCUUUAUUUCAUCUGUAUCCAACUUCUGAAUUCUCUCAAACCGAGGCACGGUACUCCGCAAACACUCUACACCAGCUUCUCCUUCGGUUUUCUACUCGCCAGGACCGCAGCUGUCUCUUUGUACGCUGCAGCCGUUAAUGAUGAGUCUCUUCGACCGUCUCCAAUCCUCUACAGCGUUUCCACAACUAGUUACUCCAUCGAGGUUCAGAGGUUUUUGACUCAAAUUACCACGGACCGGAUCGGUCUAACUGGCCUGAACUUCUUCGCGAUCACGCGAGGGCUUAUUCUGACAGUGGCUGGCACGAUAGUCACCUACGAACUGGUUCUGGUUCAGUUCAAUGCAAUGCAGAACGCCAAUUCAACGAUCGUGAACAUCACUGAAGCUUGCGAAGUCAAGUAGCUUCUUUUUUAAACCGUAGAAUUGCUUCUACCUAUCUCUCCACCGCAGUGUAGAGUUGGUAUACAUUUAUACCAAAUCUGUAUUUCAGCACUUCUACAUACAUGAAAAGAAUUUUUCUCAUUUACGUUACACUCUUUCUUGAUUGGUCCUGAUUUCCGAAUGUUUGUAACAACUUCAUUCCCUGCUAUAUGUAUAGGCAUGUACAUAUAAUCUGUGAUUAAUUUGUAUAUUCACUUAUCCGCCCAACGUUGAAUGUAUCACUAAUUGUGGUGUAUGUGUAUAAGUAAUUUGUGCUUUGCCAACUAUAAUUUUUUACUGCAAAAUCUUAAUUUCCUUAUUUCUUCAAUCUAAUUAAGGUAUACGAGGCAGUCUUAAGCCAGUGCCGCACAUCCUUUCUAGAAACCAUUCUAUUCAUCUACUACUUGGGGAACUGUAGAGACCCUUUAAUCAGAGUCAUGCCGCCGCAUGACCUGUUUUUAUUGGCUAUUCGUAUUCGAUAACUAAUGGCAGACUUUGAUGGCUGAACCAUUGAACAACCAAAAAGUGCGUGGACGUAAACAUGCUCUAACCUACCCAUUGGUCCUUCGUGCCUCUUGUCAUCAGGGUGAUUGCGAUAAUCUUUUUGUUCCAAACGUCAUAGUUUGUUGCAUGAAAAUAUGUUAGUACUCCAUAGUGGGGUCUGGUUCAAAAUGAAUACGUCACAUAUUGUAUAUCACUCAAUCGUUAUUUGAAACUCAAGUUACGUUAGUUUCACUAAGCAUUCAUGUGACAACUAUAUCUCAGGAUUAUAAUUCUAUUUAUUUGUAAUAUCACAAAAAACGUUUCAUUUCAUCUACUCCGGGGCUGGAUGAGGAUGGAAUUUUGAGCUGGUGAGGCUCCACCUCCUUUUAUUUCUACUAGUUCGAGUCGCAAUAAUAAUGCGUGAUUAACGAUAAGGGGAUCAAGAUUACGCAAUUUCACUUUUCACAUGUCCCACCAUCCAAGCAUGCUGAUUAGUUGACUAAACUUUGCAAACGGAUCAGAAUGCCUCGGUGGUAGGAAAUGUGACAAGAGAAAUUACGUAAUCUCGAUCCUGGUGUACUUCCACAUCUGUUUACGUCCACACUUAUAGCACACGUGCGAAAUUCGCUCGAUAUUCACACACUGUUCUUGUGACGCGGCGAGUACGAAUAUGUGGAGUCGGAGCUCCUCCAACAUCCAACAGCAGAGAAGAUUCACCCUGUACAUUUCAUGCGCUGUCUUUUACGUCACACCGUUUUCAACUGUGAUUCGAAUAGUGCGCUAAACUUUUAAUAACUAAUGUCAGCGUGUUGGCACGUCCUUACGGCACAAUUCUUCCUGGUAAAAAUUCUGGAUUCGUGUAUCGGUCUGGUCUCUAUACGGACAUAUUCGAACCCUUACCUUUUUGUUCGGUCUACGUCUGGACCUAUCCAUAAACUUAUUUAUGCGCAUAGGAUUCGAAUAGGUCCGGAAAUAAAUGUGACGGGAAACAAACACCGCAUAGUAUGCCGGAUGUUUCCGCGUAGGCACGGAUGCACCUAUCCAACAUCAUCUACGGUUUUUGUUUCCGGUUUUUAUUCCAGACCUAUUCGAAUCCUAUGCGUAUAGAUAAAUUUAUGUAUAGGUCGAGAUGCAGACCGAAUGAAGAGGAUAGGAUCAGAAUAGAGAUCCGAAUAGCUCCCGAUUCACCUGUCUGGCAUUUUUUGCAGAGCUCAUCACGGACUUUGUUAAAAAAAGCUCUGAUAAAAGUGAUUUUAUGGUAGUUAAAUUCAGAAACCACCAUCUUGUGGCGGAGCAUUUUUCGCCUCUCUGUUACUCUGGAUCAAUUCAAUAUCACAAAAUAAGAGUCCAACAGCUUACACGCAAAAAAAAUGUUAUGUAGAUUUUAUAUCUCCUGUAGUGAAUAUAUAAACAACAUUUUGUUGGAGUCGAAUCUACAUCAAUUGUGGUAAAUCUACCCGUGCAUAUUGUAACUCUUACCAUUGAUUUUGUAACUCUUAUUAUCGGAAUUGUAAAUCGUGCCACAAUUGCUGAAGAUUUAACUCUAAAAAAAAUGCUUUCCAUAUAUUCACCACAGGAUAUGUAAAAUCUACGAUAUUUUUCUUUCCACGCACGGUGUUUUCUGUCCCUUUCUUACAGUAAAAUCAAUUCAAAACGAUCAGCUGAUCAUUCCAAUGCACAGGUUAAGGAUCCUUCUAAUAAUAUCUAUAUACUCUUUUUCCCUCUAAUACCCAAUGCAUCGCCUCAAUCUAACUUACUCUUCGUUAAGUUAAACAUCAAUGCAAAAUUUAAUUGUUAAGUAUGACAUACCUAUGGUGUAUGCAGGCAUGUGUAAACAGAGGAAAAUUUCUGUACUUCUACCCAAAUAAAUCAAUUCUGCUUUAACAAUUAAACAGAGCAUACUCUCUCUUAAACAUUUUAUACAGGUACUUCUAUUUUGAGGUUACUUUACUUCCACUUCCUUCUAUCAAGCACCGGCAUCAUCGUUUCAGACAUAAAAAUUGAUUUA